CUCGAGAGCAACAUCAAACAUAAUUUAGCCUUUGAUUUUUAUUUUUGUUUAAGGUUGGGAAGCCUUUUCUCUGUCUUUACGUUACCUUCUGAGCGUGACUGUGUGUGGUCACAGUCACUGUAUACUAAUUCAAUUCCCCUUUUCCUUCUAAUUUAUGUAUAUGCCAUACGAGAAAUGGGAUAUUCCGCUCGCUUUCCAGUUUUCGGGAUCCACAAAGAUUGAGUUUUUAUGUAUUCUUCGUUCACACUCAACUUAGAUAAGGCAAAGGCAGCAACUUCUCCUGCGUUGUUCUUACCCAACAAUUGGGGGUUCUUCAUCAUCAUCUCUCUGACAUGGAUACUGCAUCUGGUCAAGGCUUGUACCCCCUGCACCGUUGCAAAACUAUUCACUUGGUGAGACAUGCUCAGGGAUUUCACAAUGUAGCUGGAGAGAAGGAUCACAGUGCAUACUUGUCUCCAGAAUAUUUCGAUGCACAACUUACUCCUCUUGGCUGGCAGCAAGUGGGUAAUCUGCGCAAACAUGUUCAUUCAUUGGGUCUUUCUAAGAGGAUUGAAUUAGUUGUUGUUUCCCCUUUAUUAAGGACUAUGCAAACAGCUAUUGGGGUAUUUGGCGGAGAAGCUUAUGUGGAUGGAAUUGAUGCACCUCUAUUAAUGACAGAAAAUGCUGGGGACUGCAACAGUCAUGCGAUUUCCAGUUUAAACUCCCCACCGUUUAUAGCAGUGGAACUUUGUCGAGAACGUUUGAUAGAAACCGAUGCUGAUACUCUCUGGAAAAGUGAUGUCAGGGAGGCAGAUAAAGACCUUGCUCAGAGGGGCCUGAGAUUUUUGAAUUGGUUGUGGACACGUGAGGAGACUGAGAUAGCAGUUGUUACUCACAGUGCAUUCUUAAUUCAUACCCUUGCUGCAUUUGGAGAUGAUUGUCAUCCAUUUGUGAAAAGUGAAAUUUGCAGACACUUCAACAAUUGCGAACUUCGAUCAGUGGUCAUAGUUGAUAGAAGUUUGAUGUCUUCAAAUUCUUCGAAAACUGAUUAUCCAGGAAAGACUCCUCGUGGGGCCGAUGCUCCUAGUGACUCUGCGAAACAUUAAUGAUUUCAUCGUUGCUUAUAUGAUCAAUUCUGGGUUCUGGAGGAAGAUUAAUAAAAAAUCCCCAGAACUUGGUGAAAUGAUUUGGUAAGGUAGUUUCAGUCCUCUUUCAAUCAGGCUAAAGUAUGUCUUGGUGAAGCUGGUUAGGCUACAAAAAGUUGUGCAAGAUACUUACCGUUUUAGCAGAAAAUAAUUUUUGUUUCUCGUAUCAGGACAAAUUUGGUGCAGGGUGUUGUGCUCCUUUGUUUUUUGUUUUCAGAGAUUUUUAAGUUGUACUUUGAGAGAUUUAAGUACGUGCCCCUUGACAUUUAUCUACUAGCAACCUAACUUUUGAAGCAUAAAGGCAA